ACGUCCAUCGACGCGACAACCGACAACCAACGCGUGCGGUGUAGACGGAGUCAGAUUAAAACACAAGAUUGUUAAGGCACUCAAAAAGGAGAGACUUCCUGAAAAUGUAGUUUGCAAUUUUGUAUUUAGUUGAAUCGAACUUUUGUGGGGCUUUAGUAAAAAAAAAAACAAAAAAAAACAAGAGACAUACUACAAGCAUUUCGCUGUCAUUCCCAGCUUGUAGGCUAAUAACGUUACUGUUAUUUGACUUGAACGGUGGAAUAGCUGGAGAACCGGUAUGCGUAGUAUGACGCGAUACACCCAGUGUAAACCUUAGACCGGUACUUCCUGAUCUUCAAAACAGAAGGUGCAGUAUAUAGGCGGAUUUAGGUAACGUUAACAGACCUAAUUUCACAACUUUGUGGCGAGACGUUGUCUAAACGGGAGUUGUAUCAGACCAUAUCAGCACAAAUAUGUCUUCGGAUCUGCCAGUUUUCCUCGCAGCAGUCUCGUUACUGUCUGCUCUCCACCUGGCGUUUCAGGCAAGACGUGUGGGGUGGUCAAGGAUGAAACAUAAGAUUAUGCCGCCCACUGUUACUGGACCACCUGAGUUUGAAAGGACAUUUCGUGCACACCAGAAUAGCGUAGAGAUGUACUCAAUUUUCUUGGUGGUAUUGUGGAUCUCUGGCAUCUUUUGCAAUGAAGUUCUUGCUUCUCUUGGAGGACUUCUAUAUAUUGUGAGCAGAGAGAUGUACUUUACAGGCUAUAUCCGUGAAAGCAAGAAAAGGUUGCCAGGGUUUUUUUCGGUGUUGUUUGCCCUCUUAUUCCUGACUGUGAUGGCUACCAUUGGAAUAAUUAAUUCAUUUAUGAACAAAUAUCUCAACACCAGACUUCUCUAAAUAAUUUAAGUACAAUUUUCAAAACAAUCUAUUAAAUAGAAGUCACGUAAAAUGUACUUUAUGUUUCAUAUAUUUUUUAUGUCUUUACAAAAAUCUAGUUUGAUCUUCAAAAUCGAGGGAUAGAGUCAGCAUAUUUGUGCUGUUUCAGGUCAACAGGGUGAACUGGGUCUUCUUAUGAAUACAAAUUGUCCCAAGGAACAUUAAAGAUUUAUUGUUUGUCACCCUGUCCUUUGCAUUCACAAUUAGUGAGUAUUUUUGAACAUAUUACAACUUAUAAAUUGUAUCGAAACAGAAUUAAUAAACCAAUAAAGCACUUAAAUCUUUUAA